AAAAAAGUACCUGGCAUCUCUGAAUUUCGGAUUUAUUGUAUGGCUUGGAAUAACGAGUCGUGAAAGAUACUCGAGAAAAUUUCUUUAAAUUUAAUUUAUUGUUCGGAUCGGGCAUAGAGAAGGAGGAAAUUUUUUAAAUGUAGUAGAGCUUUCAGCUGUACGUAAAACGUUUGCUUCAAGAAUAUUUCGUCAAUUUUGAUCAGAACAAAAACAAUCGUCAAUUUUGAUCAGAACAAAAACAAUGCGUGCUGGAAGUAAAGACCAUAACCUCGAAAGAACAGGUAACAUUUGUGCCGCUCGCAAUAAGCCGGAUCAUGAUAGGGUAAUGGUGUUAGCGAUGACGAAUAGGAGAUAUGCAUUUUUAUUGGAUGCUUUCCAAAUUCCCAGCACAAAUUCAGACGACAAUGCAUCCAGUGUCCACUUACUCGAAAAUAAAUUAGAAAACAAUUAUCCAAAAAUGAAAGUAAAUGCGGAAACGGAACAUAAAACCCGCUUGGAAGUAAUGCAAAACAAAAUCAAUUCAAAGUGCCUUAAUCGAAAACGCAAACCAAAGCUUGAAGGAAAACUUUUACGAAAACAGAUACUUAAGAAAUAUAAUGUUCAGAAGAUGUCCUGUAGCACACAAGAUAUUAAACAUCAUCCUGAAAAAUUAGUAAAGCAGGAAAAAGAUGAAAAACUGUUGACCUACAAUAAAAUGGGGAAAAUAAUGUUCUCUAAAAUACAGUUGGACGAAAAUGAUAUUCGAAAGGAAGGGAUUGAAACUGACACAAAAAAACUUUUGAAGCAAGUGCUUGAUGAGAGAGGGCAGCUAAAUAAUUUAAAAUUAUCUGGAGAAACCGAAAAAUAUGCAGAAUUGAAGAGCAAAAAAUCAUGGGAGCGUGCCACAGCUAAAGCAUUAGGUCGAAAGGUAAAGGAUAAUAUUGGCCGGCUCUCCACAAAAGUCCAAAGGAGAAAAAAUCAAAUUGCGAAGUCUAAACAGGAAUGGACACAACGAAUUCAAAAGAACGAACAUGUGAAGUCCUUAAAACAAAAAAAGCGUUUGGAAAACAUUCGAGAGAGAGCUAUACAGAAGAAAAAUAAGAAAAAGGCAAAAUUAGUCAAUGAAGGUAGAAUUACUUCAGCAAUUUGAACAAGACGGUUUCUACCACUUAGUGAAAUAAAUAAAUGCAACUGCAUUGUAU